AAACAGAGUAUGAUCAGCUUAAAGAAACCUUCACGGCAGUGACUGAAGAACGAGAUUUGGCUGUGAAGGAGAAGCACCAUCUCCAAGCCAAACUGGAGAACCUAGAGCAAGUCCUGAAGCAUAUGCGAGAGGCUGCUGAACGGCGGCAACAGCUGGAAUUGGAGCAUGAGCAAGCCUUGGCUGUUCUCAACGCAAAGCAGAAGGAAAUUGAACUCCCGCAGAAGGCUCAGGUUGAAGCUAAAAAAGAACAUGAAGGUGCAGUUCAGCUGCUAGAGACCACCUUGGACAGCAUGCAGGCCAAGGUUCGCGAGCUAGAGGAGAAAUGUCGGACACAGAGUGAACAGUUUAACCUCCUCUCUAAGGAACUAGAAAGGUUUCGGCAGCAAGCUGGGAAGAUUGAUCUCCUGAGUAGUAACUCAUUGGCAUCCUUGGAUAGUCCUGGCUCCCCUAGCAAAUCCCUGUCCCAGCUAAUGAAUGGAAUCUCCACUUCUUUAGGCAAAGGUCAUGAAAGCUCCUCUGGAGGCCACUGUGUGAUCUCAGAGUUUAUACGACCCCUACAGCUAUCUGGUGACAAACCAGAGCAAUUGUCCAUCAAGCCAACUUUUCUGUCCCGGUCACGAUCUGGCAGCCCAAGAUGCAGAUUUGAACCAGAUAUGGAUAAUGAACAGAAUUCCAAUACCUCAAAGCAGAGAUACUCGGGAAAAGUCCAUCUUUGCAUCGCCCGAUAUAGUUAUAACCCAUUUGAUGGACCAAAUGAAAACCCUGAAGCGGAGCUCCCCCUCACCGCAGGAAAAUACCUCUACGUGUAUGGAGACAUGGAUGAAGAUGGUUUCUAUGAAGGUGAACUUCUAGAUGGGCAAAGAGGUCUAGUUCCUUCCAACUUUGUGGAUUUUGUGCAGGACAAUGAAUCCCGUUUUUCAAGUGGGUUAAGCAGUGAGCAGGAUCAGAAUUACAUAAACCAUACUGGUCACACACUGGAAGGAGAUGGCCUUUUGGAAAUCAAUCCACCAAGCCACUUAGACUCUUGUGUCAUCAAUAAUGGUGCAGGGACCCUUGAUGUGAACAUUGACGAAAUUGGGGAAGACAUUGUGCCUUAUCCUAGAAAAAUUACCCUUAUCAAACAACUAGCCAAAAGUGUAAUUGUGGGCUGGGAGCCUCCAGUUGUGCCACCUGGAUGGGGAACCAUUCAUAGCUACAACGUCCUGGUAGAUAAAGAAAUACGGAUGAGUGUGUCCUUGGGGAGCAGAAGUAAAGCUCUCAUAGAAAAACUCAACAUUGCUGCUUGCACGUAUCGAAUCUCAAUUCAAAGCAUCACCAGCAGGGGCAAUUCUGAUGAGCUACAGUGCACCUUGUUAGUUGGGAAGGAUGUCAUUGUGGCACCCUCCCAACUUAAGGUGGACAACGUCACUCAGAUCUCUGCUGAACUCACCUGGCUCCCAACCAACAGCAAUUACAGUCACGUGAUCUUCCUCAAUGAAGAAGAAUUUGACAUUGUCAAGGCUGCCAGAUACAAGUACCAGUUUUUUAACCUGAAGCCCAACAUGGCCUACAAGGUGAAGGUAUUAGCCAAGCCUCACCAGAUGCCCUGGCAGCUCCCAUUAGAGCAACGAGAAAAAAAAGAAGCCUUCAUAGAAUUUUCAACAUUGCCGGCAGGUCCACCAGCUCCCCCUCAAGAUAUUAGAAUUCAGGCUGGACCAACACCAGGAACUAUCCUGGUUUCUUGGAAGUCACCAAUUCUCACAGCAACAGGGACCUCUAAUGGAGCCAAUGUGACUGGCUAUGGCAUUUAUGCAAAAGGUCAAAGGGUGGCAGAAGUGAAUUUUCCUACAGCAGAGAAUACUGUUUUAGAGCUAAUGAGACUCCAGAAUUUGGAAGCAAGGGAAGUUCUUGUCCGAACACUUUCUGCCCAGGGGGAAUCUGUGGAUUCGUUGAGUGCUGCCAUUCCACAUGACCUACUGGUGCCUCCAACCCCCCACCCCUGGCCAGCUCCCAAAUCUAAGCCAUUACCAAGUGCCGGCAUCCCAGAUACCAAAGACGAACAUUUAUGUCCACACGUAAGAAGAGAUGAGUCAUGGGAGCAGACCCGUGUGUCCUCUCCCAUUCAUGGACACACCCUGGAGCCUCCCAACUUCCACAGUCCUCUCCAAGGAAGGAGAUCUCCUUCUCCAAAUCGGAUUCUCCCACAGCCACAAGGCACACCUGUCCCCAGUACUGUUGCAAAGGCCAUGGCCAGGGAAGCAGCCCAGCGGGUUGCUGCGGAGAGCAACAGGCUGGAGAGGCGGAGUGUGUUUACUGAAAGGAGCAGUGCUCUUCAUUACGCAAAUUCUGAUGAAGAAGAGGAUGGCUAUGAUUCUCCCCGUGUCAAAAGGAAAGGGGCUUCAGUUGAUGAUUUCUUGAAAGGCUCUGAGCUUGGGAAGCAGCCCCACUAUUGCCAUGGGGAGGAGUACCACACUGAGAGCAGUCGGGGCUCUGACCUGUCUGACAUCAUGGAAGAAGAUGAGGAAGAGCUGUACUCAGAGAUGCAGCUGGAGGAUGGAGGGAGGAGGCGAGUCAGUAUAACAUCGCAUAACACACUCAAGGAAUGUUAUAAGAAUAAGACUACUGAAGCAGCUUUUUUGGAACAGCCUGAUUUUGCCCAGCAGAUCCGUCACAGUAAAAAGCUUUUCAGUAUCCCUGAAGUAGCUGAAGAGGACGGUGAUUAUUCGGAACUUUUGCACAAGCAGGGUUUAGGAAAGUCCCACAAAAUGAGAAGUGCAAUAGCUAGAGAGAGUAGAGCUGCCAGGGCCUACAAUCAAGAACAGCAGCACAACUUCUGGCACCCAGCAAAGCAACGAAUUUUGGAGGACUUGGAAGAGAGGGGCUACAAAUUUAGCAGGUCUUCCACCAGGAGCCCUGACAGUGGCCUGGACUGUGGCAGCGAAGAAGAAGAGUUGCGUUUUAACUUCCGCAGUGCUUAUGACACAGUUUCUGCCAAUGUCGCACCCAGCUGUUGCGCAGAUGGUGGUAACUGUUCGUGCAAGAAAGCGUCACGACCACUGCUUGCGCGCCGGAGGACACUGACACGACAGAGCAGCAUUGAAGAAGACUUUGGGGACCCCAUUCCUUCAUUCCUAGAAUCUCGAAGUGAGGAGUGCAAGUCGGUUUAUUAUGGGAGGAAGCACGAACCUCAGAGGUGUAGUAGAGCAGAUAAUUUGACUUGUGAAGAUUUUCAGGGAGGCUGGAGCAGCCCCUUUAAAGGGAAUGACUAUAGGGCACCUUGCGUCCCACUUACAAGGCCAUCCAGCAGAGAGCCUAAAGACCCUCUGCUCUUAGGUAACCCAUCAUCUUCUGGACGUCCAGACAGGAUGGAGCAGCCAGGUCGAAGAAUAUCUCAUGGAAGCACAGGACCACAGAGGUCACGCCCUAUGUUGGUCCCAUCUAUUGAAAUUACAAUGGACAGUAACAGUGAAGGCGCUUGGUCUCGGUCAGGUAGUGAGGGAAAUAUUUCCCCCAUAAAAGAAGAAGCUUAUUAUCGCAGCAUUGACGGACACAGGAAAUGGUGCCAGCAACGUACCAUGGCCUCUGACUAUAGAUACGAAGGAUACUGCAGCCGAGAGCGUCUGUCUCCAGAAAUGUAUGAAGAAUCAGAAACCGAUCCUGGUGCAGAGGAGGUGUCUACACGGAUCUUUGUUGCCCUUUUUGACUAUGAUCCACUGACCAUGUCUCCUAAUCCUGAUGCAGCAGAAGAGGAGCUCCCAUUCAAAGAAGGGCAGAUUAUUAAGGUUUAUGGUGAUAAGGAUGCUGAUGGGUUUUACCGAGGAGAAACCUGCGCAAGACUAGGCCUUAUUCCCUGCAAUAUGGUUUCCGAAAUUCAAGCUGAUGAUGAAGACAUGAUGGAACAGCUUCUGAAGCAAGGGUUUCUCCCUCUGAACACCCCUAUAGAAAAACUUGAAAGGAACAGAAGGAUCAACCAUCCAUCUGCAGCAUCUACGAGGCGAAUGGUGGCAUUAUAUGACUAUGAUCCAAGGGAGAGCUCUCCCAACGUUGAUGUGGAGGCUGAGCUAACAUUUUGUACAGGAGAUAUUAUUACAGUCAUUGGAGAAAUUGACGAAGACGGUUUUUAUUAUGGUGAGCUGAAUGGCCAGAAGGGUCUGGUUCCUUCAAACUUUCUUGAAGAAGUGCCUGACGAUGUAGAAGUCUAUUUAUCUGAUGCACCAUCACGAUAUGUUCAAGAUACACCAAUACGUACAAAAGCUAAAAGGAAGAAGAGUGUUCAUUUCACACCUUAAAAAAGGCAAUGUAGCCUUCGCACGUAAGUGAGCAACUGAAGAUACCAAUAGAGAUAUCAAUUCAAGCUAGCUGGCAUUGUCUAAUGCAAGCCAUCUUGGCACCUAAAUGUGCAAAGAGAGAGAAAUAUGUCUCCAAAACCAUUAGCCCUGCUUGGGUGCAGACAUUCCAUGUUUGUUUAAUUUUAUUUUUUAAGAAAACACCUCAGCUUCUAGAUGUCGAGAUAACCGACUCUCUUCUAAUGGUUUUCUUCCACCUUGUAUUCAGGGCUCGUGUUCAUUUUUUUAAAGGUUUAACAUUUGGAACAUAUUUCUUACUGGACUUAAUGUUUGUUUGCAUUAAAAAGUGGUCCUAGUGUACAACUCCAAAGGGAAGCUGCAUAUUGCAUUGUUAGCCAAUAUGGGAAAGAAGUCCCACCUUAGAAUGCCAUGUGGGGAGAAAAGCACAAAAUAGACCCACCCUUGAACAAGGAGCAUAACAUUGUAAGCAGAUUGAGUACGAUAGUCAAGAAGACAGGUAUGGCUCGUUUCAAAAACACAUUAACCUCAAAUAUCUGCUUCAACUGUUUGCCUUAAAACUGUAUCUGCUGGUGGUCAGUAACAUCCCAGGUUUGCCUACUGUGGUUUCUAUGCUGUAGUCCUCAUUCCAAAACAAGCUAACUCUCCAAUAUCACCUGUGUUUGCAAUUGCAAAGCACUCGGUAGCUCUUUUGGUUUACCAAUGCAAUAAGUUGAAAUUAAAACAUGCAGCUCAAAACCUAUGACUGAAUGCAUUAGAACUCCAUAUGGUAUCUUCAGGUGUACGUUGGGGGUGCUUUUACAAAGUGGUUCUUUUGUUUUGUUUUGUUUUGUUUUCUUCAUUAGGCAAAGACCUUGAUUUGAAAUCAAAGUAAGCUUCUGACCCCUUUGCUUAAUUUCACCUUCAUUAAUUAAACUGAUCUGGACCCUGCAAGACCUAUUUAAUUAUCAUGGCUGUCAGAAAGAAACAUUAGCCACCUUACAGCAUUAGGGAAGCGUUAUGAUUUCUAGAGGCUCUCUGCGGUUUUCCGUCUUCAAACAACUUCCACGCAUCUGGCAUUUUCCACAACGAAGUACUGCUUGUGCCAUUUGCCGUGCAAGCAGUAAUCUUAACACAUGAUCAUGUGCAUAAUAAACAUAACGCCACGCCGUCCAUCAAAUGUCUUGAAGCUUUCUUGGAUUACAAUUAAGGUUCAUUUUAGCUUUUUUUUUCUUUCAACCAGUGUGCCAUCUUCUCAAAAUAUGUAUAUACAGUAUACUAAAAGAAUUUUUUUAACGGGGAAAAAAAAUUAAUCGAUUUCAAGAAUUGAAACACUCCGGUUUUAUUAUCUUCACAAUCGUUGAUUCCUUCUGGAACUGGCUAGUGUAUAUAGAACUUGCCAUUUGUAGUACUUAGACCAAUUCCCCGCAACCUCCGUGUCAGUACUAGAGUACUGAAAUGUGGGGGGAAAACAUUUGAAUUUAGUUUAAAAAAAAAUCAGUUUUGGGUCUCUGUUGAAAAUGAGAAGUUUUUAUGAGGCUGUUUAAAAAAAAACCAAGAACACCUUGACCUGUCAGCUGUAUAUGCUGUUUCUAACUUUGGUAAAACUAGAAUCCUCUGUCAUGUGGCAUACUUUAAAGAAAAAAAAAUGGAUUGCCCCCAAUAAAGGAGUGGGUAUUGAAGCAAAGAAAAGAAAUGUUACCAACUUUCUUGUUGUUAAUGCCUUUCAAACAUUCAGUAAAUUGUAACAAUGUACCUACUAGGUUCCUCCUGAGAAUACAGGUACAUCACCAAGGAGAGCACCAUCUCCCACAGUCCAUCUCCAUUCGGGGUCACCUACGUCAUCUGUGGGUUCUGGUAGUCCCGGGAGAGGCAGGGAAUUGUCCUCGAAAAAGAAAAAGGGGCU